UCUACCAGUGAAUGAGAUCACGUUAGUCUAUUCAAGGAAAACACCAUAUUUGCGAUAUUGACUAAAAAAUUAGAAACUCCCUCCAUUUUCAUUCUUUUAAUUCCCGUCUUAAUAGGAUCUCAAACUUUCACUUUCAGGCACUCAAUUUCGUUUCACUCUUGUGGAAAAGCUCAAGGAAAAUCAAAAGCAUCAAACACUGAAUAAUCUUCUUCGGCUAAGUAGUAAUGGAAGAUAAAAGUAUGCAAGGACAAAGCUUCAAAAGACAGAUGAAUCCUUAUGAAAAGAGUAGAAUGUCAAGGGUUCAAGAGAACCAAAAAAAAUUACAAGCUUUGGGAUUGAAAAAUAUUGCUAAUUCUUUGACAAGUCUAGUAGAGAGUGACAAAACAAAGAAAAAGAAAAAGAAAUCAAUGGAUACGAGCGAGAAAGAUAUAGAUGUAGAGUAUAUGCCUGGUUCUGAUGUUGAUGUUGAGCAAGAUUAUCAAGAGGCUGCUACAAAAAUCUCUAAAAAGAAACAACGUCGAACAUACAUUGCUCCGCAGUCCCUAAAAAGAUAUACUAAUUUAGCACAGAAACGACUCAUAGCUCCGACUGUCUCCCGUGUGCUAACAACUUCAGAAUCUCAUAUGCAAAAGGGACAAGUAAUUGAUACAAGAGGGAGAUCAAUUGUAGCUAAGAGAAAGUUAUUAGCAGUUGACAACGAUGAUGACCACGGGGAGCGUGACAUGAGAUUUCAUGAUAUUAAUGAAGAACAAGAUGAUGUUGAAUCUGAUGAUAUUGAAGAUAUAGAUAUGAAUGAAGAUUAUGAAGAACAAGAUAGUUUUAAAGAUGAUGGAGAUAAAGACACGGAAGAUUUGGAAAAGGUGAAUGAUUUAGAAAAUCAGAACGAUGAACUGGUUGAAGAAGAACGUGAAGUUCCAGAAAAUGAAGAAGAGCAUGAAGUUUCACAACAAGAAAAUGAAGCAGUUCGGACUGUACGUAAAAGAGUGAGAGGACCAACGCGUAUGCCAAAGGUUUGGGCCCAAGAAAAAGGGGAUAGAAUUCCUAUUUUAGUUAAUGAACACGGACAACCUAUUAAUGACAAAAGUAGUCAACUGACCCAUUUCAUGGGAACCCUUUCAAGGAGUGGAAAGUAUUGUCCGAUUUAUAAACCGUGGAAUAAAGUUAAGGCCGCCAAAAAAGAAGCGUUGGUUGCACUCUUAAAGACAAAAUUUGAUAUUCCUGAAGUUGCUAAAGGCUGGAUAUUGCAAUCAUUUGGGCGGAAGGUGAAGAACUGGAGGGCAAGAAUUAAGGAGCUAUACCAUGAUCCGUCUUUGUCACUGAAGGAACAAAUAAGUUCUAGGCCAAAACAAGUGCAAAAAAAACAAUGGAAGAAACUUGUGAAGUAUUGGAAUAAAGAAAAGUCUAAGCUCGUAAGUGAAAAAAACAAGGCGAAUCGGGCAAAGAAGAAGAUGUUUCAAGUAACGGGUAAAAAAAGUUAUGCUCGAGUCCGCGAAGAGCUAAAGGCAUCUAAGGGACAAGAUCCAAGUCGUUUGGAAAUGUUUCGUGCAUGUUUCUCCAAAGAUGGAACUACCAAAAAUUUGGAAGCUUCAAAUGCAAUUGCACAAAUGCAACAACUUAAUUCUAAUCUUCCCGAGGGCUCGAUCGAUAAGCCUGGACCAGAGGAUGUUUUUUCUAAAGUAAUGGGUAAUGAUCGAAAAGGUGAUGUGGUUAUGUAUGGUCUGGGUGUUCGUGCUGCUGAUGUUUGGGGUGUAAUACCAAGUCGUUCAGCAUGUCAUAGAGAAAACAUCCAAUUGAAGACUCAAUGUGAAGAACUUACUAGUACUGUGGUCCAGUUACGAGCCCAAGUAUCAGAGAUGGAAGGGUCGAGGGGUGGUUCCAGUGUUCAACCUCUUGCAUCACAACAUUUCCCCAAUGUAACCAAUGGACAUCAACGUUUACGGGUCGGAGAUGAAGUUUUCCUCAAAAGCAUUCUAAACUCUACCGAGAUUGUAGCAAGAGGAAGAAUCCAGAGCUUGGACCCAAAUGACCUAGUUGGUGGUACAGAGAUUGGACCAGAAUGGUGUGAGGUAAACGUUCAAGUACCAAUAAAAAAAGAUGAAAACUUGGUAAGACCAUAUGGUUUAUUUUCUACAAUUCAAGAUUGUAUUGGCGCAUCCAUCGCAUGGCCCUAUCCAUUCAUCUCGGUAGUCCAUGAGGAUUGAGGACGCAUGAUGACUCAAGAUUUCAUGCUUCUUAUUUCAUUUAAUCGCUUUUAAUUUCUUUGUUAAAUGUUAAGACUUUAUGUUAGAUAAUCUUAUAACUUAUUUAUGGUUAGUGUUUUUGUUAUG